CUUUCUCUUUUCCAACUCAGCGAAAAUGGUUUUUACGCGAUUUGUGGAAAUCGGUCGUGUUGUACUGGUCAACACUGGCCCAGACGCUGGUAAACUAUGUGUUAUAGUUGAUGUAAUCGACCAAAGAAGGGCUUUGGUAGAUGGACCAUCUACGAAUGUCAAACGACAAGCCAUGAACUUUUCAAACAUGUCAUUGACCACAUUCGUUCUACCUAAGUUAGCUCACUCUGUUCAUUCCAAGAAAGUGAGACAAGCUUUCGAUUCUGAGAAAAUUCUGGAAAAGUGGAAUGAAACUGCUUGGGCUAAGAAGCUUCGGACACGAACUGUUAGAAGAAAUCUGACCGAUUUUGAUCGAUUUAAAGUCAAGAGAGCUAAACAAAAGAAAGCCAGGCUAAUUAACGGCGAAGUGAAAAAACGUAGACGCGCAUCAAAGCAAUAAAGAUAUUGUUUGUUGUAUAUUAGAUUUGUCAAAUGUUAUAAUCAAAUAAAAACUUUCGUUCGUGUCUUCUG